AUGUUUAAAAAAACAUACACUGCUGAAGAAGUGGCUGCAUUGAUAAUGCAAGAAAAUAUAUCUUUAGAUAAUUCAACUGAUACAGAAAUUGAAGAAAGUGAUGAAGAUGUUUUUGACUUUAAAGUUGAUAAUUUACCUACAGAAGAAGAUUUUUUAUCAAUGUAUGAAGAUGUUAAUACAGCUCAUGGCCAAGAAUUCAAAAUCAAUGAAAAACGAUUGUGGAUGAAAAAAGAUAAAGCAGAACUUAAAUCAACAUUUUGUUUACCAGAAGGAUCUGUCAUUAUUUCUUUUAUUAAUUGCCAUGAUGAGAAAGACUAUGUUUUAAAUUUCUUUGAUACUAAAAUAAGAGAUAAAAUUUUGCUUGAAAACAAUUUGUAUACCAACCAAAAACACAAAAGAGUGUAUUCAGUUUCAAUGGAUGAGUUAUUUUUAUUCUUAGGUAUUAUUAUUUUAAUGGGUUACCAUAGUUUACCAUCUUUAUCGUGCUAUUGGAACAAUUCGCAAGACCUAAAUGUUUCACUCGUUUCAAAUUCUCUUUCAAGAAGUAGAUUUUCACAAAUAUUAGGAAACAUUCAUUCAAACGACAAUAAUUCUAUUCCUUCGAAUAACACAGAUAAACUAUAUAAAAUCAGGCCUUUUAUCGACAAAUUAAAUGAAAAUUUUAUGAAACUUUGGAACCCAAGAGAGUAUAUGAGUAUUGAUGAAAGCAUGGUCCUAUUUAAAGAUAGAAGUUCUUUGAAUCAGUAUAACCCUAUGAAACCUAUCAAAAGAGGUUAUAAAAUAUGGGCACGUGCUGAUAUAGAUGGCUACAUCUCAAAAUUAAUAUAUAUCAAGGAAAGAAUGGUGAAACUGAAAAAAUAG